CACUGGUACACUGAUAGUUCACCAGUAGAUCGAACCAUGUCUGCGAGAGAGUCUGGCGAUAUCCCUUCCGCCCCACGUGGCCCAUCCGAUGGUUAUCGUAGAGACAGAGAUCGAGAAGGCGAUUCGGGCAGGCGGUACGAAGAUAGGGACGCUGGGCGGAAUUGUGGAUCGGGGUCGGGGUCUAGACGAUACGAAGACGAUUAUCGUCGUGGAGGCGGACGAGGGGGUGGUUACGAUCGAGGUCGGUCGGAUAGGGAUCGAGAUCGAGGUCAUGGAGAUCGUCAUGACAGACGACCUUAUGAUGACGAUCGGAGGCGAGAGGGACAUCGGGUAGGAGAUAGGGAUGGGGGUGGUGGGUAUCGCGAUCGGGAUGGCGAUAGGGAUAGGAGGAAUGGCAGACCCUACGACCGACCGUUCCCCGAACAACCUCCAUCUCGACCGAGGUCUCGGUCUCCUAUCCGACCUUUGGACAAGAAGAGCAUCGAAGAAGGACGUCGACAGCGAGAACUAGAGAGAGCCCAACGGGCUCAAAGGGGAGAGAGCGUCCAUUCCGCGAGCGGAUCUGCUACUGGUCCUCCGGGUACAACGAACUCUUCUGGUCGACAACAAGACCACCGAAGGGAUCGGGAGCGUUCUCCAGCCCCGUAUAGGAGGCCGAGGGAUCAGAGGGGGGAACACGUUGAUAAAGGGCCCAUGCGGGAAGAUCGAUUUAGAUCCGAGGAAGGCGAGGGAAGGGAAGAAGAAGAGGAAGACGAUGGUGAUAUGGCAGCCGAAGAGGAUGAGAUGGCCGCCAUGCUCGGCUUUGGAGGGUUCGGAUCGACCAAGAACCAAAAAGUAAAGGGCAACGUCGAAGGCGCCGCUCAGAUCAAGCAACAACGAACUUGGAGGCAGUACAUGAACCGCCGAGGAGGUUUCAACCGACCUUUGGACCCGGUCAAGGAGCCCAAGGUGUGGCAUUGAGCUGGAACGAUAUCGAGUGGGUGGUCUUUUCGGGACGCCUGGCUACACCUCGCUCUCGCGCACAAGACUGUUUUAUACCCUAGAAAUUGAUGUGGGCAUCCGGUCGAUGAAUACAGAAAUGAUCGGUACCUUGACAUGAAUCUGAGUGCGGCCUAACUGGUCUCGUAUCCAGCCGAUAUUGCGAAGCGAUCGAGACCUGUGUCACAUAACGAGAAUCAUUCGAGGUCAUUGCUGCUUUUCGCUACCGAAGACCCUUACUGACGCUGGAUCCGGGAAGGCGACCCGGAUCAACGUCGACAGGCGGAAAUCAAACUUUGUAUUUGUAUGUCGGAGCAUGCAUGGGCUUUCCUCCUCGUAAACAACACAGACAAGA